CAUUUCCUUCGCUCCUCCAAGUACAAAAAAGUGACUCAUAUAGAAAUCCAGGCUUCUUGGUCCUGCCUGUACAUUGUUGUUGUUACUGUUUGGCCAUAAUGCUGUUUUCAUUCCCUGUGAUCAGGAGAAUAUUUCUGAUGUUGAUGUUAGCCAGCCUACUCAUCCUCAGCUACCUUCUGCAUGAGAUGCUCCUCAAGACUAUUGCCCUCAGUGGCCCCCAGGGAAGUUCCACCAGACAGUCAGGAAAAGCUUAUGAUCAAGACUUCUGCCUUAAGUUAAUGGAAGACAGAUUUUGUGAGAAAGGCCAGACAGAUCCAUGCAGGACUAAUGUGCAGAAGAAAAAGGAGGAGGAAGUAAAUAACAUCCUUGCCAGAUUAGACCAGCAGAUGCCCAGUGUUACUUUUACUGAUAUAAAAUCCACUACAAGUGCCAAGAACAGCAAGGCCACUCUGUUGAACCGAAAGGACUCCUACUGUGUGGGGGAGCACUUGCUGGUUCAGCUGGAUUUGUACGACUACUUGGGGAAGAAGAAGGAGUAUGGUGGAGACUUCUUAAGAGCAAGGAUCUUCUCACAAAAUCUCAAGGCUGGAGCUUCUGGACACAUCAAGGACUACAGGAAUGGAACCUACCUGGUGAAUUUCACCUUAUUUUGGGAGGGUAAAGUCAGAGUUUCUGUCUUACUCAUACAUCCCAGUGAAGCGGUUUCUGCCCUGUGGGCUGCAAGAAAGAAAGGCUAUGACAAAAUAGCAUUCGUAGGCAGAUUUUUGAAUGGAACUUCAGAUGUUUCCACUGAAUGUGGUUUCCGCAUAUCCACAAACUCAGAACUUUGUGAAUAUGGAGAUGAACAAGACCAAGAAGCCUUCUAUUGCGUGAAACCAAAGAACUUGCCUUGUGAAGCUUUUGUUCGUCUGAUGACUAACAACAAGCCAGUAUCCUACCUCACAGUCCAGGAACAGAGCCUUUUGACCAGGAAGAAAGUCGACAUCGAGCAAGAAAUGUGUGGUUGGGAUGGAUUCUCCGCUGCCCAGUGGCUUCAUCUGGCAGAACCAGUGGUACCCUGUCUUCUGCAGUUUGGCCAGUUUCGGGACCUUGGAUCAAAUUUACACGUGCUUAAGAAGAAAGCUGAUUUACUUCUUGGGAGACUCAACAGUGCGGCAGUGGAUAGAGCAUCUCACAAACACACCCUAAAGUAUUUUGACACCCAUGGAACUGGGAAUCUCCAGAAUUUGCUUGCCGUGGACAUAGCAAGAAACGUUCAGGUCAGCUGGAAGAAACAUGGCCACCCCAUCAUCACUGUUCAUGAAUAUACGGUGAAAGAUCACAGCUACAUGGCUCGGGAGAUUGACAGCGUGGCAGGAGACAGUGACACAGUGAUCGUUGUUUCCUUGGGCCAGCAUUUCCGCCCAUUUCCUAUUGAGCUCUUCAUUCGAAGGGCAAUUAAUGUGCGGGAAGCCAUCCAGCGCCUUCUCUGGAGAAGCCCAGAUACGAAGGUCAUCAUCAAGGCAGAGAACAUCCGGGAGAUGCAUACGGAUCCAGAACGGUUCAGUAACUUCCAUGGCUAUGCCCAGUAUCUUGCCGCAAGAGACAUUUUCCAGGAUCUCAAAAUCGGCAUUGUUGAUGCCUGGGACAUGACAACUGCUUAUGAGACCAGGGAUGUUCACCCACCAUCUUAUGUGGUAGGGAAUCAAAUUAAUAUGUUCUUAACUUUUAUCUGUUAAAGAGGUUCCGCAAACAGGGUUUGAAAACACAGUGAGAUGAAACGGAUGAUUUUCAUCCGAAAUCUUCAUAUGUGAGUGUCUUGGGAGCUUCAGCUGAGGCCCCGCUCCAAAUAACUGUGUAACUAGAUCUCUACAUCCAAGAAGAUACAUGUUUCUCCAGCAGAAGUGUUUUUCCCUCCCAUCGCAGGCUACAAGCCAACUCUAAACCAGAGGAGAUUUCUAUAGCAGUUUCUAAGAGGAUGGAGCUAUUGUCAAGGGGAACUGGGGUACCUUGUCCACAUCUUUGGCAUUCCUAAAAGACUACACCAGAUUGCCUACAGCAAGAUGACCAAAUAUUUUUAAGAUUCAGCAUCAUGCUGGACAGCGAAGCAUGCAUUACAUUUAGGAGGCAAACUGUACUGUCUUGCCAGAGAUUAUUCAGAUGACCUUACAAUCCACAGUCCAUCUGUCUCCACAUGCCUCUUCUAAAACAGGAUUAGAGUCUAAAUCUGCCUCAUCAAGUAGUUGUUACAAUAAAGAUGGUAAAAGGC